AUGGCGCCGCCGACUGCUGCAGUUCUCGUCUCCCUCGCAGGGAUAUUCCUGCUCCGCCCCGUCGCUGCGCAAACUCAGUGCGGCGGCAAUCUCUAUACUCCUGGAACUCUCAACUUCACUACGGAGUGCUAUAAUGCAUUUAUGGACUGUGCUGCCCGCUUUGAAGCCAAUGCAAGCCUGGUCGACUGCAACGAUGGCAAUGGAAAUUUGUUCAUGCAACAACAAGCCAACUUGGGAGCUUCGCCAGGAAGUCAAAACAACGACGCCGUCAUUGCCUUCCAAGAUAUUCGCGAUCUCUGCCUCCUCAGCGGUUCUACAACUGCAACCUGGGGCUACAGCGACAACCAGUGGUACUGGGCAGCUGCUGAGGAUGCGUGCUACACCAACGAUCCCACUAGAACGGACGUCGUCAAAACUCACCCAGCACCAUACUGCAUCCAGAAUCGCGAUUCAGGACUCCCUGAAUGUUAUCCACAGCCAGAUGCCACUCCUGGCGGCCCUCUGAAGGUUCUUAAGACCGCCAAGACGCGAAAUGGAUUCAAGUCCUCUGCUCGAGGUUGGAAUACCUACGGUGUUCAGGCUUUACAGAACGGUUCCCAAGUCGUUCCAUCCUUCGCUGGACAAUCCGGUCUGUACUAUACCCAAAAGUUUGUUGAGACUCAGUGUGGUGUGCUUGCGCGACCCGAGUUUAAGGCUGCUGGCUAUGAUCUCUGCAGUCUUGAUUCUGGCUGGCAAGCUUUUAGCGAAGUUGAUGAGCACGGCCGUAUCAUCUACAACACCACGCGCUUUAACCUCCCCCAACUUGCUUCUUGGUUGCACAGCAGAGACCUGAAGCUGGGAGUCUACAUCACACCCGGUGUUCCCUGUGUCGCGCACAACCAGACCAUUGUUGGUACCAAGAUUAAAGUUGGUGAUAUCCUGAACGGCAACAACGAUCAGAUCAACUGCGACUUUGACUUCAGCAAGGAUGGUGUUCAACAGUGGCAUGAUUCGGUUGUCGCGCAGUGGGCUUCUUGGGGCGUGGAUAUGCUUAAGCUGGACUUUGUGACUCCCGGCAGCCCCUCAAACGGUGCCAAUCUCGCGUGUGACAGCUCAGCUGCUGUAAAGGCCUACCAGAAGGCCAUUGAGAAGUCGGGUAGGAAGAUUCGACUUGAUAUUUCAUGGAAGCUUUGCCGCAAUGAGACCUGGUUGCCUGUUUGGAGCGACCUUGCUGAAUCGAUGAGAACUGACCAAGACUUGGAUAAUUAUGGCACCAACACAUUGAUGGCUUGGCAGGUCGGCCAGCGUGCGAUUGAGAACUACCGCCAGUACAUCGGUCUACAGGCGCAGCGCAAUGUCCCCAUUACGAUUUACCCUGAUAUGGAUGCUCUAUUCACUGUCAACCCAGAGCACCUUGCUGGCGUCAACGACUCUAUUAGAACUACUGUGCAGAACCACUGGCUUGGAGCUGCGGCCAACUUAGUUAUUGGUGGUGACAUGCAGCAGAUUGACGCACUGGGUCUUAAGCUGACCACCAGCAAGCAAUCUAUUGCUGCCGCAGACUUCUUUGCACAGUAUCCCAUGCAACCCCGCAACCCUGGAACUGGAAGCAACGCUGCCAAGCAGCUGCAGGCAUGGAUUGGCGGCCCUUCAAACAACCACGAGGCUUACGUUCUUCUCGUCAAUUAUGGACCGGACCUAGGAAACGGAGGCUUUGGAACGAAGCUGUACGGCUCACAGAAGGUGACCGUGUCGUUGAAGGAUCUUGGUAUCUCAGGCUCAACAUGGACCUUUACUGACAUUUGGACGGGCAAGUCGACUAGAGUUACCGGAUCUUACUCUGUUUCUCUCACGGAGGGUGCUUCACAACUGCUACGCGUGACAAAGAGUCACUAG